AUGGCGGAACGGGAUGUCCGCAGGGAUAUGGCGGAACGGGAUGUCCGCAGGAAUAUGGCGGAACAGGAUAUAGAGGAAAUUCCUUCUCAAAAAAUGGAAGCACCUGGAAAGUACGUUCGGGCUCCCGUCAGCCUCGAGGUAGUAAAUAGCGACUAUAAAGAUGAGCAAGACCAGCCGGAGCUCCUAGAGGACACAACUAAGGAUUACGAUACCGACGAAAGCAGCGAUAGAAACGUGUGGACUACUGAGUUGGACACGUCGAAUGAUCCCGUCCAGUUGUUGACCGAAAUUGAAAACACUGAGAACGGAAUCGACGAACCCAACGCGAAUUCAGAUGACAUGAACAAACACCCUGAUGAACCUAGCGGCAGCAAAAAACCCACUAAAACGAGUGAACGUCUCCAAAGAGUGGAAAACGUUCUCGCUGAUCUAACGAAGGCAUUGAGCAUGUUUCAAGGAAACACUAAUGUUCAUAAGGAAACCGAUCAAAAUUGGAGUAGCUCCGUUGCUCUAAACAGGUCAUCCAAUAACGUUGCACCGAGUAUCCGCUGGGACAACAUAAAGCCAUUUCCAAGCGGAGUACCUGCUAACAAGAUGUGGGAAGAGUGGAACCGCUACAUCGAGAACUUCGAGAUCGCGGCCACGCUCAGCAAUGCCAAUGACCCUGUCCGGAGAUCUCAGCUGCUAUUCUUCUCAAUCGGAGAUGAACUACAAGGGAUUAUAAGAGCUGCAAAACUAAGGCCCAGCGUAACGGACGUUGACUGCUAUAAUAAAUUUGUAACGAACAUCAGAAACUAUUUCCAGUCAAUGACUGACUCUGCGGCCGAACACGAAGCUUUCUCGAACUUGAAGCAGGAACGAACCGAGUCCGCGGUUGCAUUCCAUUCCCGCUUGGUGGCUAAAGUUCGGUUAUGUCGAUAUAAUCCCGACGAUCAAGAUAGGUUUGUACGCUCACAACUCCUAAAGGGUUUGAGAAACAAAGAGAUUGUGAAGGCAGCCAGAACAUAUGGACAUGACACGAACUAUAUAGUCCAAGCAGCGACUCGGAAUGAAGCCUUCGAAGCGGAAACACCCGUGAAUGAGCAAUCAGAAGUGUAUGCAGUCAAUCGGCGAAAUCAAAAUUUUUCGAAUCACGGAACGAACAGAAAACGAGGAAGGUCAGAUGAAUGGAAUACUAGAGAACAAGCGAAGCGUUAUCGACACGACCGCCGAGACCUACAGGAACGAGGUCGUCGCGCCCGAUGCUCGAGAUGCUACGGAUUCCAACACAAAAACUAUCCUUGUCCAGCGUUGCAGAGAAAAUGCAACUUUUGCCAUGAACUAGGCCACUUUGCAGUGGCUUGUCGUAAGAAGCAUAUCCGAGAAGUGCGAAUCAAGAGCAAUGGCUCACCCACACGCGAUAAUAUGACGCUUAAUGAGCAGCGCGUAAAUGCUCUCUCUCUUGAAGAUGUGUUGGUAAAUUGUCGCUUAGGAGCAUCCAGACCGAUUGAGUUUUUAAUCGACUCGGGCGCAGACGUGAACGUCAUCGGUGGGUCAGACUGGUCACACUUGAAGCAAGAGUUCGAGUCAGGUCAGGUCAAACUCAAAUGUGUUGAAAAUCCCGGCAUGAUAAACUUACAUGCAUAUGGAUCCCAAUCUUCCUUGAUUGUAGACUGCAUGUUUGAAGCAGAAAUUACUGUGCCAGGAUUCGAGUUGUCAGCCAAAAGGGCGUCCUUCUAUGUCGUUAGGAAAGGGAUUAGAUCGCUGCUCGGCCGAUCUACGGCGAACGAAAUAGGUUUACUGCACGUAAGAACCAAUAUCAAUAACCUAGAUGUACUGAAUAGCCUUACGAAAUUUCCAAAAAUGCCUGGAAAAAAGGUGAAGUUUAGCGUGGAUACAUCCGUGCCACCCGUAAAGAACGCAUAUUAUAACGUCCCUGCAGCAUUUCGGGACGCAGCGAGACGUCGAUUAGCGGAAAUGGAGUCUCGUGGUAUAAUAGAGAAGGUGACCACGGCUCCAAACUGGAUUAGCGGAAUGUCUGCAGUGGGAAAACAUGACUUCCGCCUGUUGGUCAAUAUGAGAGCACCAAAUAAAGCUAUCAAACGGGAGUAUUUCCGUCUUCCUCUAUUAGACGAAAUGAAAGUGAAGCUUCACGGGUCCGCAUACUUCACAAAACUCGACCUAAACAAUGCAUUUUGCCGCCUCGAACUUCACAGCGAAUCACGCGAUCUCACCACAUUCAUCUCUGAGAACGGUAUGUUUCGAUUCACCAGGCUAAUGUUCGGGGUAAAUUGUGCCCCCGAAAUUUUUCAGCGGGAGAUGACUAGGAUACUAGAAGGUGUAGAGAACAUUAUCGUUUACAUAGACGACGUCCUAGUCUUCGCAAAGACCCUAGAGGAAUUACGGAAAACCGUUACCCGAGUUCUGAAAAUUUUCAAAACAAACAACCUGACGUUGAAUGCCAAAAAGUGUGAGUUUGAUAGAACCGCAAUCAAAUUUCUUGGUCACGAGCUCGACAAAGAGGGAUUCCACGUGGACGAAGAAAAGAUAAAGAGCAUUCGGAAUUUUCGUGAACCCACAACCGUAUCAGAGUUGCGGAGUUUCUUAGGUUUGGCAUCGUACAUCAGCCCACAUGUGCAGAAUUUCGCUGAUAUCACUAGCCCAUUGUGGACGAUUAUCACUACAAAAUCAUGGUCAUGGGGCCCUCCACAGAGUCAUGCUUUCAGGGUAGUCAAAGAGCGAAUUGCUAACUGUUGCGUGUCGUUAGGAUAUUUUUGCGAAGAGGACAAAACGAUUGUGUAUACAGAUGCUUCACCGAUCGCAUCGGGGGCUGUCCUAGUACAGGAGGACAAGCAUGGUUCGACGAGAAUUAUAAGCUUUGCUUCCAAAUCGUUGACGGCAACUGAAAGGAGAUACGCCCAAAAUCAGCGCGAAGCCCUCGGAGCGGUUUGGGCAGUGGAGCACUAUUCAUAUUUUCUGCUUGGGAGACAGUUUAUAUUACGCACGGAUGCACAAGGAGUAGCGUUCAUACUGAACCGAGCACGGGAAGAAUCGAAGAGAGCCUUAACACGAGCCGAUGGUUGGGCCUUGAGACUGAGCCCUUACAGCUACAACGUAGAAUACAUUCGAGGUGUUGAUAACAUCGCAGAUUCUCCCUCACGCUUGUAUGAUGGAAAUGAUGAACCAUUCAACGACGAUUCUAGCCCUUGGGAAAUUGCCACACUGGAAGCAAAUUCGGCUGCAUUAAUUGCUGACAAUGAAAUCAAAACUGCUACUUUACAGGACCAAUGCCUACAAGAAUUCAUGGUUGCACUAGAUACAGGAGAAUGGCCACGCCAUUUACGGAAAUACCAGGCGCUUGAGAAUGUAUUAACAGUUCGUGAUGGCAUGCUGGUGAAAACCGGAUGCGUGGUGAUACCGGAAGCUCUACGCAACAGGACAUUGGAAGUAGCCCACAUCGGACAUCCUUCAACAGCAAAGCUCAAAAGCAUUUUGAGACAGCGAGUUUGGUGGCCCGGAAUGCCAAAGGACGCAGAAAAAUGGGUGGAAUCUUGUGCCACUUGUGCAGUCAACGGGGUUCCUGAAAGACCAACUCCAAUGCAACAUAUUGCAGUCCCAAAAGCAGUAUGGGAAACAAUUGCAUUAGAUUUCAACGGACCUUACAUAAAAUUUGGCGGAAUUUCCAUACUCGUAAUUGUUGACUAUAGGUCAAGGUUCCUGAUCGCUCGUCCUGUAAAGUCAACAAGCUUCGAGCACACGAGGAAGGUCUUGGAGGAUGUCUUCGAAUGGCAAGGUCUGCCAAAAUUCAUAAAAACAGACAAUGGCCCUCCGUUUAACGGCGCGGAGUACAGGCAAUAUUGUGCAGAACACAGCAUCAUUCCCAUUUUCUCUACACCCCUAUUUCCACAACAGAACGGACUUGUGGAAAGCUAUAUGAAGCUUAUAAACAAAGCUAUGGUAAAUGCUUCGAUGAACAAAACUAGUUACGUAAAAGAGUUACGGGAAGCGAUCCACGCACAUAAUGCUGCUACUCACAGUGUGACACAAGUAGCCCCUGAAGAAGUUAUGUCAGGAAGAAAAAUAAAGCGGGGACUACCGCUGUUAAAUUUUGAAAAAGUUUAUAUCGACGACGAAGUUUUUAAUAAAAGAGAUCAAGAGGCUAAAAUGAAAGGAAAAAUACGCGAGGAUAACCGACGGGGCGCACGACAAUGUAGAGUGAAACCCGGCGAUACAGUACUAAUCGAACGACAUACACGCGGAAAAGGCGAAUCUCGGUUUUCUUCAGAAAAAUAUAUCGUUACUGAGGAGAACAACGGCAACCUCACGCUCAAUGACGAAAACGGACAUGCAGUGAAACGUCACAUCUCUCAAACCAGGAAGGUUUCCAAAUGGCGAAAACCUGAAGCACCACUUGCGGUCAAGAAUCUCCCUGGGAAACAUCCCAUACAACAAGAAUCAUCACCCUCUCGGAAAGCACGGGAAAGAAGAACUCCAGCACAUUUUAAUGACUUCGUUCAGUCAGUUGACACCGAUUAG